AGACACCUAACUUCUUCUGAGCAAAAAUUGUUAGUUGAUUUCUUAUCUGCAAAGGUGAAAAACCUGAGAAAAUCAUACUUCAGCAGCAUCAAACUGCUGAACGAUGCUGAGCGUGAGGGGAGGAAUCUGCUUUGUGCUUCUUCUGGUGAUUGAUGUGAUCUUCCUCUGUGGUCCGGGCUGCUUGGCCAUGGGUGGCAGUGGAAACGCAGAGACAGGAAGGCCCCGGUCGCCUCACCUCAUCUUUGUCAUGGUGGAUGACCAGGGUUACGGCGACAUCGGCUACCACGGCUCAGACAUCCACACGCCUGCGCUGGACCAUCUCGCGGCGGAGGGGGUCAAACUUGAAAAUUAUUACGUCCAACCUAUCUGCUCGCCCUCUCGAAGUCAGCUCAUGACAGGACGGUACCAAAUUCACACUGGACUCCAGCAUUCGAUCAUACGACCACGUCAGCCCCUCUGCCUGCCCCCGGACAUUCCCACCCUGCCUGAGCGUCUGGCGGCUGCUGGAUAUGCGACACACAUGGUGGGGAAAUGGCAUUUAGGAUUCUGCAGGCCAAGCUGCUUGCCAACAGGACGCGGCUUUCAGAGUUUCCUGGGAACGCUCACCGGCAGCGGAGACCACUUUUCCUAUCGAAGCUGCGAUGGGGCUGAAGCUUGUGGAUUUGACCUGCAUGACGGGAACAGACCUGCCUGGGAAAUGAGUGGGAACUACUCCACUCUGCUCUACAUAGAGAGAGUGAAGCAGAUCCUGAGGAGCCAUGACCCACAAACACCACUCUUCCUCUAUCUGUCCCUUCAGGCUGCGCACACACCCUUGCAGGUACCAGACCAGUUUCUGCAACGCUACAAUUCCCAGAACAAUCGUCAGAGACGCCACUACGCAGCCAUGCUCAGCUGCCUUGAUGCUGGUGUCGAGCAAGUUGUCAAGGAACUGAAGACCAGUGGGCUCUACCAAAGCUCGGUGUUGAUCUACUCAUCUGAUAAUGGUGGACAGCCACUGUCGGGGGGGAGCAACUGGCCUCUGAGGGGAGGAAAAGGGACCUAUUGGGAGGGGGGUGUCCGGGCCGUAGGCUUUGUCCAUAGUCCCCUGCUGAAGAGGAAGGGAGUUGUGAGUAGGGCACUCAUCCAUGUCUCUGACUGGUAUCCCACUCUGCUGGGGCUUGCUGGGGUCCAACAUUCCCACGAUGGCCUCGAUGGUCAUGAUGUUUGGGGUGCCAUCAGUGAGAGUCUACCCUGCCCUCGCACUGAAAUCCUUUUCAACAUCGAUCCCGUGUCCAGGAAACCUGGAGACCCAUACGAGAAAGCGAUGAUGCUCAAUGGGUUUGGGAUCUGGGACACAGCGGUGAGAGCCGCACUACGGGUCGGUGACUGGAAGCUAUUGACCGGAAAUGUGGGCGACGGGGACUGGAUACCGCCACAGGCUCACCCCGAUGGUCCGGAGAGGUGGCAGAAACUUGAAAAGCGGCGCGGUGAGCCGGGGAAGUCGGUUUGGCUGUUUAAUGUCAGCGCUGACCCGUAUGAAAGGUCAGACCUUGCAGAGGCCCGGCCAGAGGUGGUGAAGCAUCUGAUGAUUAGGCUGGCAGAGUACAACCAGACGGCCGUCAUGCCCAGGAACCCACCGGACGAUCCCAUGGCUGACCCAGGACUCUAUAGUGGGGUGUGGAGUCCAUGGCUGGGCCUUGAGGGCCAGGGUGGAAAUGAGGAAGAGAAUGAUGGUAGAAAAGAAAGGAUGCUGAAGAUGAAGCACUGCAAAUUAUGCAAAUUAAAAGCUCUCUUCAAGAAGGUGGGCUCACAACUGCAGAGGAACAGCCUCUUCUAAAUAUUGUUCCCUUUACAAACCAUAGUCACACUGCAGGAUGAACUGAGCUUCAAAACGAGCAGUGUUCUCUGCAUUCAGAUUAAAUAUUUGUUAUUUGGCCUCAUCUCAGGGACCAUGAGAGCAAACCAAAGAGGAAGGGCACAAAGACGAGAAAAUGAUAUAAAAAUACAGACCACCAAAUAAAAAAAAUUAGAUUGACAGGAUAAACCCCUCGAUCAAACUCUGCAGGUCAGCAGCUUGGGGGAGAGAGGGCAGCGCGGCUGGCCGGGCAAACUCAUCCGCUCGCUGUCCUCCAGCCAAACGGCAGCCCCCAGAGACUGUUGACUGGACUGUUGUGGCUGCACCACACAAGUGCAAUGUGUGUCACCGUGCAUUAAUGCCAGGGUUUGGGAAUAAGUUGAUAAAUACUGAUAGACAGAGUGAGAUGGAGUGCGUACUUGUGAAGGCAAGGCCUCAUGCGACCUCUUAGUGUCUCAUCUCCUAAUCAUCCGAGAGGAUGGUGCAAGGGUAACAUCACCCAGUGGCAGACAUUCAUCAAGCAACAGCUCGUGCUUUGGUUUUUAGGGGUAGACAGUUGCACUUCUCCUUUGGCCCCGAAAACACCAGAUCAGAUGUCAGACCACCAGAAAAUAUCUAGUUUCUGUUGCAAAGGCUAACCAGCAAAAGCACAGAUACAGUAAGCCUCUUCUGGACUAUUAUGCACAUCUAAACUGAUCUACUUUCAAUCAAUACACACAAAAUCUGUACACAAACUUAGAAAUGUGUCAGUUGUGGAGGAAAAUAUAGCUUUUCCUUACAUUUCCUUCAGAAUGACAUUGGGAAAAAUAAAUCAUUGGUUUAAUAGUUUAACCAAAUUGUAAAAUAUCAUCUUAACUGUUGGGCUGCAGCUCACCUAAGCAGGCAAUAGAGGUUUUUGUUUAUAUGGGAGCAUAAAGAAUCAGAGAAUAAUUACACAUUUGUUUAAGUAUUAAAAACGUUUGUGAUAUGGUUGAUAUGCUUUUUGUAUUUAG